AUGAAGGUGGCAGAGGAACCUCUGCCUCUUGAAGAAGCAUCCCGACAUUCAGAGACCACCUUUGGCCAUUUGGCUCCAGCCCAAAAGGAAGUCAUCACAAUCAAUAUCCAUGGGGCUGUCAACCUCCCUGCUCGCAAGGAUGGCUCAAAACCCUUGCCCUUUGUGAUAGCGAAAACCAGUUCCCAGGAAGAAAAACACCAGGAAUCUACAGCUGUCACUUCAACUACAUGGGAGCCCACAAAAAGCCCUACUUGGGAGACUACAGUAAAGCUGGAUACCCAAACUUCAGAUGUGGGUCGUGAAGAUGUGAUCCUGACGGUACUUGACAGCAAAACCCGAGAUACGCUAGCUACCUACAGGAUUCCCAUUAAGUACCUCCGUCCUUUUCAUCCCUACCAUUUUGAGCUGGUAACGGCUCACAAGCAUGGUUUGGCCAAAUUGUACGCUUCAGUCACUCGGGAGAGCAGUUUCAUGCCCCGAUACAUUGGAUGCACUCACACAGCCUUAGAGGUCUUUCUUGGGGGGGUCAAUGAAACCCUUGCCAAUCCCUUUGGCCCUCUCAUGGUUGUUGCCCGAGUCAUUCCCAACUAUAAGGAGUUCAAGGAGACUAAGUUGAACAAAGAGACUUUAUCUAUGGGACUGCCUAUGAGAACUGUCAACUUUCCAAGCCCCUCAGUGUUGUCUUUUGAUGUUCCUCGGACCAAUGUGCAAGGAUAUCCUCAGAUAUCUAAGCCUGGUGGGCCUGCCAAACAGCCUGAAUGGAAUACUUCCUUCCUUUACCAAGGCCGGAAUGGGUGUACACAGUUCAAUGAUAAUAUGGCCCUGUUGCUGGAGUAUUAUCCUAUGACCACAAUGCCUGCAAAAGAAUCAUGGAAUCUUACGGAGCCUUUGGGCAUCUCUGUAGUUCCACUCAAUAACCGAAUCUACCGAAAAAUGAUGUCGGGAUCAAAGACUGCCCUACAUGUGAAGAAGCUCCCUAUCAAGAGAACUAAACUGAAAACGAUAGCAGGUGGAACGCCUACUGUUAACUUAUCCAUCCAAGUGCUUUCCUCAGAGAGGCCAGACAACUUUUUUACUCCCAGCAAUUGCCAAGAGAUUCCUGUGCUGAACCCUGCACUCCUUGAUGCUGAUCUUGGCACUAUCCGUGAAUCAUGGUCAAAGGACUGUGUAAGCUCAGAUCCAGAACCAGAGCAAGAGGCAGAGCCAGAACCAGAUCCAGAACCAGAACCAGAUCCAGAACCAGAACCAGAGCCAGAGUCUGAGUCACAACAAAAGCCAGAGUCUGACGACGAGCCAGAGCUAGAGCUAAUACCUGAACCCCAGGCUAAGCCCAAGGCCCAGGCCGCACCCAUGCAGUGCUUUGUGGACAAAUGCCUUUCUGUACCCUCGCUUGAUGAUUGGAAACCUCAGGAGCUUUCCCAGGAAACAAUGAGGAAAAUGAGGCAGAAAGAAGCGAAAAAUGCAGACAGGCCAAAAGAAUGGGACCCCAACGCUUCUGACUAUCUAGAAGAUAUUCAACCACCUGGGCCAUAUCAGAAGGCCAUGUACAAGAUCUCAGCAAAACCUCAGCCCUCCAAGGUGUGGCCUCGUGAAGAGAUAGCUGAGAUCUCCCAACCAGCCCAAUGGAAGGCGCAUCUAUAUAGCAGUCUUUAUGAAUCGGACCACUCAGACUCUCAAGACCAUGACUUACAGGCAGAACAAGAGAAACCAAAUACAAUGUUAAUUUCCUGGAAAGAAAUGGACACUUACCAAAAGGCCAUGGCAAAAAUGGCCAAUGACAUUCUGAGUCUACGUAAUAAAGUGACCACGCUAGAGACAGAAAAUAAUAAUCUACGGCAUCAAGUGUCCACACAGGAGCGAAUGGGUAAUACUUCUGAAGAAGAAGAAGAAAUAAUAGGAAACAUGAAGCAAAAACUUUCCCAGAGCAGUACAGAGAUGAGAAGGUUGAAGGAUAGGGUACAACAGCUGCAGAAUGAGUUAAUUCGGAAAAAUGAUCGGGAGAAGGACUUGUUGCUAAUGCAACAAUCUCACCAUCAACAGCAGCAAAAUCUGAGAAGGUAUCAGGACAAGUUGCAGAAAAUGAAGAGUCUGGAACAAACUGUGAAGAACCAGGAGAAGGUGAUUCAAACAAUGGAGAAGAUCUUAGAAGAUAAACUAAAUAGGUCUAACAAAGAAAGAGAGAGGGAAAGAGAACUAUCUGAAACAGCAUCACCAAUGGGGCGACCUCUGGGAAAGCAUUCCAGUGGACUUCCUCUCUGGUACCUCGGACAAACUCAAUCUUAUGGCCAAAUUGGAGAGCGCUCAAAAUCGUAUUCGGACUUUGGAGAGCGAGCUGGAAGACUCAGCACGGCGCUGGGGCCAAGAAAAGCAAGACCUGAAAUCGAGGCUGAUGGAAAAGGACAAUGGUUUCAGCCCUUCAUUGACAGAAGUCCGAAUGAGGAACCAGACCUCCAGAGAGUGGAACUCACAGACCUAGAGUCACAAAACAAAGGAAUACUACGGACAGUACGGCCUCCAAGAGCCCGCAAAAACCGGAUCCGUUAUCGCUCAAUCCAGAGCCUGACCCGUAAAGGCCAAUCCCAAACAGAUCUGAAAUCUACCUGAUAAAACCACAGAAACAGGCCUCCCCUCACA